AUGACUUUGUUGAACUCUCUUUUGGCUCUCACAAACUUCAGGUCUCCUUUUCUUCGUACUUUGGUACCUAGUAUCGGACUUGCCUAUGCCAUUCAAGCUGGUGUAGCAGCUCCUAGUAUCUUCUUCCAAUCCGAAAGAUUCUACGACUUGAGCGGAUCGUUGACAUAUCUGUCAUGCACGGCACUUUCUCUCUACUUGCCUACGCUGAGAGCGAGAGCUGCAGCAGCGACUGUCUCUGCUGGUACUGCAGCCCUUCCUGCAUACCCUAGCCUAUUGGCUAGUCUGGCCAGCAAGGGUGGUGUCCAGGCUUGGAACUGGAGACAGGUCAUUCUCAGUGCUGCUGUAGCCAUCUGGGCCACAAGACUCGGUAGCUUCCUCUUCUCGCGCAUCACCUCUGAAGAUGGUCGCGACUCCCGCUUCGACGAGAUCAGAACCUCACCUCCCAAGUUCCUUGGAGCCUUCUUUGCUCAGGCAACCUGGGUCUCCCUCUGCCUUCUCCCUGUCCUCGCUCUCAACUCGAUCCCUGCAACAACACUCUCUGCCCUCCCCUUCCUCACCCUUACCGAUGUCAUUGGUCUACUUCUCUACGUCGGCGGUCUCGGAUUCGAAGCAACAGCCGACAAGCAAAAGAGCCAAUGGAUGGAAGAAAAGAAGAACAAGAAGCACAAUGAAGAUUUCCUGACCAGAGGUCUAUGGUCCAAGAGCAGACACCCCAACUACUUUGGUGAGAGCACUUUGUGGACUGGUAUUGCUACUGUUGCCGCUGGUGUUCUGGCUAGCAAUGUUGGUCAAUCUGGUAUGGGUUUCAGCGGCGGUCUUGGUGCUAGGUUGGGUGCUUUGGCCAUGGCUGGUGUUAGCCCUGCCUUUGUUACUUUCUUGCUGUUCAAGGUCUCGGGUAUUCCCCUUAGCGAGAACAAGUACGAUAAGCGCUAUGGUGACCGCAAGGACUACCAAGAGUGGAAGAAUAACACACCCAUGUUCUUCCCCAAGUUCUAG